AAGUUGCUGCCCGGCCAUUCUGCACGGUUAAAUCAACUUUCGCAGCAAGCAUGUUGCAGAAGUUUCUCGCGGUAACCGCGGUUUUCGGACUGAUUUUCAUUCGUGGAGGCCACUGCCAGUGCUACACGGCCCCAGGCUGCGGUGGAGAUAGAAUAGACGUAACAGAAGCAGGGCUACCAAUAGCAGAUCAAGCAGACUGCUGUGUUGGAACUAACGCAGGUCUCUCAUACAACGAUGGCUCCUCCUGCAAUCUCUGUAUAGUUCAUGGGUUUGCUCAAGCUGCAUACGAUGUCGACGAGGAUCAACGGUUGGACACUAGGUUUCAACUCAAUGUGAAGGGAACGACACGGUUUGCUGGUGCUCUUGUUGUCGCUGGAGUCAUCACCGCCACAGCAGAUGGCACUGCAGCUGAUUCUGACUUUGAACGGCUAACACCAAUCCCAGUCACAAACAAUGCCGAGAUCAGACUCUUUGCUGCCAAUGAUGAGAUUACUCUGGAAUACGAUGAUAGGGUCCUACUGAGGUUUGCUCCUGACAAUCCUGCUCUCAUUACCGGCCUACCUGCCAUGGGAGAGUAUGUGAGGGAUUCCGCAACAGUGAACAUCAUAGACAAUGACUUGUUGGAGAUAAAUUUUUUGGAGUCUGACUAUUCGAUUGUGGAGGGAUCCGCAGAGCUCAGUUCUUCAAUCAUGAUUCAGUUGAGACAAAAUCAGAACCCAUUCACACUCAUGUUGAGUCCAGUCAGUAUUGAUACUGCGGAGAGCAAGAACUUGAGUUUCUUUAUUAAUUCCGAAACCAUUCUACCUGGAUCCAGAGCAACUGCAGAUGACGAUUUCAGUGACAACGUAAUCACAAUUACAGUUCCAGCCAACAGUAACCCAUCGUACAGAAUAGACCAGUUUUUCAAUAUCAGUGACGACGAUAUUGAUGAGGACGAGCAGAGUUUUGCAAUAGUUGCUGAGAUAGGACAGGAUGUGCCUGAUGGUAUCAGCUGCUUCCAGACAGAAGUUGGAGCAACAGAGUGCUUUGGACGACGUGGAGCCACUGAAAUUAGAAUCACCGACAAUGAUCCUAUGAUCAUUGGGUUCACCCAACGCAUUCGAACAGUAUCAGAAGGUCAAGUGCCUGGAGUUGAUCUGUUCCAGCUGGAGAUCAAUGUAUCUAGUGUGAGGACAGCUGAAAGAGAGCAUCCAAUGGUGUUCCGUCUCCAGGAAGCCAGUACUACUGCCACUGUCGAGACACUGAUAGCAUCUAGUCCAUUUUAUGAUGCUACAUUUGGUCUAAGGGCAAACCCCGAUGAUCCCAUUCAGGAAGCCCGUGAUCUGGCCCCAGGAUCACGUACAAUUCAACCAUUGCUGCUUACAGCCAUCAGAAAUGACUUGAUUCCAGAGGACCUAGAAUGCUACACUAUACGCAUAUUCCCUGUCGAUGUUGCUGGUCGCCGUGAGCUGUUUGGAUGCUAUGAGGACGAUGAUAUGGCAGAUAAAUACUUCUGUGAGCACACUAUCUGCAUCAUUGACGAUGAUGAGCCAUUUGAGGUUGCUUUUGUAAGAACAAUGCACACUGUUGAUGAGAGUGCGGGUCCCGUGUUGGUCUGUGUCAAUCUCACUCGACCUGAAUUUGACAUUCUGGAUGAAACUGUCAAUGUCUUUGUCACUGACUUCCCACCUUCCAUGUACAUCCCAGUUGGUGAUGUUCCUCGUGCAACCCCUGAUAUUCCUGACUUUCUCAGUCGGUAUCCGAUGGCAGAGAGAUCCGACUUUCAACAGCAGACUUCUGCCGUCAAUUCAAUUGACGAUGUCCUUAUUAGUCAACUGAUGAGAAUAGUCUGCUACAACCAGACCAUCUAUGACGACCUACGUUUGGAAGCGAAUGAAUAUGCAGGCCUCAUGCUUGAAGUGAGGGAUAAUCCGCAAACCACAGUUCUUACUCUGGAAAAGGAAUUGUUUAAUGAAACAUCCAUUCUUAUUGUGGACAAUGACAGGGCUGUGGUGGGUCUGGAGAUGACAUUUUUCAGUGUCUCGGAAGGUGUUGGUUACGUUGAGCUCUGUGCCUAUGUUUCAUUCCCGGAGAUCACCUGUCCUAUUGAAUUCCCAUUUGAAGUUGGGCUUUCAACUGCUGAUGGGACUGCAGUGGAAACCAUGGACUAUGGAGCAAUUGAUGUUAUCCUGAUGUUUGAUACCUGUGAGACAAGGAAGUGUGUGAAUGUCACCAUAACAGAUGACCUGGUGGACGAGCCACUGGAGUUCUUCACCUACACCCUGACAAGGACACCUUCUCUAGACCCCAGGAUUGAGCUUAAUCCUACUAAUGGAAGAGUUGAGAUAAUCGAUAAUGAUGUCAAUAUAAAUGUUGGCUACGACCCAAUCUCAUACGUUGCAAGUGAAGGACAGGGAAGUGUGGAGCUUACAAUUGUCAUCUUUGACCCACCUGUUGGUGGAGCUCCACGCCCUUUCACACUUGUCAUCAACACACAGGAUGGCACUGCAAGUGCUCUGGAUAAUGACUAUAAUGCUGUAAGCGGUGAGAUUGUGCAGUUCAAUGUUGGGGACACCUUUCAGACACACAGAAUCAUCAUCAACCAUGAUAUGAUGUGUGAAAACGACCCAAAUGAGUUCUUCUUCUCCAAUAUUGCCCUGGACUCUGGUGUACAACCAAUAUUUGUCAUUCAACCUCAAGCUACAGUCACCAUCAAUGAUGACGCAGAACCUGAAUGCCGCCUGCCAAUUGAGGUGGGCUACGAGUUCUCAGUCUACACCACUACUGAGGGAAUUGGAGUCGAAACUCUGUGUGCUGUUGUUAUGAACUUCCCUGGUGGCUCUCCAAGACCAUUCACUAUUAAUGCCACCACUGAAGAUGGAUCUGCAGUCUCUGGUGAUGACUAUGUUGGAGUAGUUGAUGUUCCACUGAUGUUUCAAGUGGGAGAUGAUCGUGUAUGCCACGAUGUCGUAAUCAUUGAUGAUGACGAUUGCGAGACACCUUUUGAAGACUUCUUCUCCAACUUGGAGUAUGGCAGUGGGGAUAUGCCUAUCAUUAUCACACGAGAUAGAACAAGGGUCAUUAUCAACGACACUGCCGAGCCAGAGUGUGAACCAAUCACUGUUGGCUACAAUCCUGCCACAUACAUGACAACUGAAACUAGUGGAAGUGUGACUCUCACAGUUAGGGUCUUCAGUCAUCCCGGUGGAGCUCCACGACCUUUCACUCUUGUUGUCAACACACAAGAUGGCACUGCAACUGUUGCAGACGAUGAUUAUGUACCAGUGGAUGGUGAGAUCAUACAGUUCAAUGCGGGAGAUGUCACUCAGACCCACACAAUCACUAUCAAUGAUGAUGAUGAAUGUGAGAAGGAUCCAAACGAGAAUUUCUUCUCCAACAUUGCCCUGGACAGUGGUAUUCCUGAUAUCACUGUGACUGUGCCUCAAGCUACAGUUACUAUUGAUGACACUGCUGAGCCAGAGUGUGCACCAAUCACGGUUGGCUACGAUCCUGCAACAUAUAUGACAACUGAAAGUGAUGGAAGUGUGACUCUCACAGUUAGGGUCUUCAGUCAUCCCGGUGGAGCUCCACGACCUUUCACUCUUGUUGUCAACACACAAGAUGGCACUGCAACUGUUGCAGACGAUGAUUAUGUACCAGUGGAUGGUGAGAUCAUACAGUUCAAUGCGGGAGAUGUCACUCAGACCCACACAAUCACUAUCAAUGAUGAUGAUGAAUGUGAGAAUGAUCCAAACGAGAAUUUCUUCUCCAACAUUGCCCUGGACAGUGGUAUUCCUGAUAUCACUGUGACUGUGCCUCGAGCUACAGUCACUAUUGAUGACACUUCUGAGCCAGAGUGUGGCCAAACUAGUGUCUUUGUGAAUGAUACUCUGACUGGAGAUCCUCUGCUGACUGUUUCCGAUCUGGACCAACCCCACCGUGGAGCUUGGUGACCCAGUCGAGUCGCUGUGCUACGAGGUCCAUGGUGAAGAUGGCUCCUACUUCAACCUCAUCUCAGACGAAUGCACCUCAGUCAAUGCCUACUACCAGGAGGCCGUUACUCCCAGUCCAAACAUAAAUUUGAAUGUAGUCACUCAGAUUGGAGUGAUGGCUAGGGGAGACACCGCCUGUUGGAACAUUCAGGUUGAUUUGGAUGGGUGCAACACUACAAUCAAUGGGGGGUUAUCUUUAGGUACCGAUUUCGAUGAAAUAUCGGUGAAGCGUUACGCUACAUCGUCUCGUGUGCGCAUUUCCGUCCCGAACUGUGGUGACACCAUGUUGGUCAUGUGGGUGUUCUGCAGAGCAGGGCAGGUGGAGGACCCAGUCACUUGGGACUACUUCGACAUCAGGUUCAUCCGAUUCGUGGUCAUGCGUGGACUCAACCUGAACGAACAAUCCCACGGACUGAUUGGUCAGUUCUGGAACGUGCCGGUCACAGUCAGCUCUUACAAUGGUCUAUUCGGAGGAGCAGAGAGAAGUGACGAUUACGUCAUCACCGUGGACCACCCUCAGUCUGAUCCCAGGAGCUUUGUGGGGCUGAAGUACAGUGUGACGUGGGAGUUUGAGAAGAGGGUGUGUUACUACGUCGGCAACACGCAGGCCGGGGAGCUGUCAGAGGUGUCUGAUCCAAACCCAAACGACUCUGUCAUUGAAGGAGACUACACUGAUUACAAAGUCGACUCUCUUUUCGCCACUGAUUUCAAGUUCUCUCACUUCGAUGGGAACAGAUGCUAGGAUACCAACUGCUGCUGUACUUCAGCAUUCUAUUAAGAAACUUGAUUCUUUUUUGGUACUCGUAGUUUUUUCUGUGCAUUUGUAGUAGGUUUGUUUAUAUCAUUAUAAUGCAUAAAGUGUUCCCUAUAAGGACUUGCGAUACA